AUGGGCCCCGCGCGUCAGUGCAGCGCGCGGGCUCACGGCAUUUCUGGAACUAGGAGUGGGUGGGCCGUGGGGGAGCGCGGCACCGCUUGCGACGACACGCACACACGGCGGCGCACAGAUUACGGAAACACCCCUGCCGCCGAGAACCACAAAUCCAAAACCCUGAACCCCCACUCGCAGGACAGAGAGAGGGAGAGAGGAAUAGGGAGACGGGCAAUGCCGUCCAUCCGCGCGCUCAAGCGGCUUGCCGCCUCGCGGCCGCCGCCGCCACCGCCGCCGUCGGAGAACCCGCCGCAGCUCGAUGCUUCUUCCUCCUCCUCCUCCGCCUCCUCUUCCUCGUCGUCGGCCUCGGCGCCCGCCAACAGGCCCGCCUCGGCGCCGGUGGGCCGCGUGUACCCGCUGCGGGACUUCCCGGGCAGCGGCGCGGCCGCGCUGCGCGGCGCGUUCCGGGACAACGUCCGGUGGCUGCUGAAGCAGUGGGGCCCCGCCGCGGCGGACGACGCCGCUUCUUCUUCUUCUUCUUCCCCUGGGCCGGCGUGGCGGGCGUUCCUCUCGGAUGACCGCACCGGCGCCGUCGUCCCCAUCAUCGCCAUCGAGGUCCUCGCCGCGUCGUCUUCCGCGCCGCUCUGCGACUUCUGCCGCUGCGCCGGUUGGAGCCAUCACUGGGUAUCAAAGCGGAGGUACCAUUUCAUCAUCCCAGCGGACGCCGACUGGGACCAGCAUUUUGGCACAGAUACCCUCCUUGGACGCAACGACCACCUCCUCCAUGGUCUGAUCCACAGCAAUGGCUUUGGUCAUCUUGUCACUCUCCAUGGCCGUGAAGGUGGCUCAAUUUUCCUCUCUGGUCGUGACAUAAUGGAUAUCUGGGAUCGCCUCUGCUCUGCUCUCCGUGUCAGGGCCGUGUCUCUGGUGGAUUUUUCCCGGAAGCGCUCUCUGGACCUCCGCCUUCUGCUUGGUGUGGCAAAUGGUGAGACAUGGUUCACCCGGUGGGGAUACUGCCUUGCCAGGGGCUGCUUCAGCGUGUCUACCCCCACCUAUGCUGCUGCUUUGGAAGCCCUGGCUUCCCUGCAUGUUGACCAUCUCCGCAGCCGACAUGUCCGUCGUGUGGUCACGAUCUACCGCCGCCUCUCCAACAAACCUCUGAUUACUGUCCGUGAGUUCCUCCGCUGCCUCCUUGACUGGAAGCACCAUGAACCACCCCUUUCACCAGGUCCUUCAAAGCGGUGCCCUCGUCUGGCAUUCCUACUGCCAAAGCCAUGUAUGAUGAAGAGGCUGAGGCAACCAUGCAAACGCUUUGAGGAUGUGGUUGACCUGCUCCACUGUCGUUGGUCCAAGAAGCGUCUGCUCGAUGCCGCAGAGGUGGUUGUUGACAAGCUGCUUGAGCAUGGAAAUGAUGCAGAGAUGACAAGACAGGCAGUGCGAGAUGCUGCCAGGGGUUACAUUGGUGAUACUGGUCUCCUUGACUUUGUCAUCAAGUCUCUUGGUGACACCAUUGUUGGCAACCAUGUUGUCCGCCGUCUGCCCAACGCUGUGACCCGUGUGCUCCAGUUUAGCCUUGAGGAAUAUGAAGAGCCAGUGCAAAUGGAUGCUGAGGUAGAAGGUACCCGUCCUGAAGCACAGUGGCAAAGCACAGUGGAUGCUGAGCGGGAUAUGCGUGCCGUCUACCGAGCAAUGGUGGAUGCUCUCAGUGAGGCAGCGCAGGCUGUGCUGGACAGCAAGCACUGGGUGAAGUGCUGGGGCCUUGAUGAUGAGUCUGAUGAUCAACUAAGGUUUCUCGUUGAGUGGCGGCCCCAACCAAGGGAAGCUGCUGAGCUUACACGGCCAAUGCCACCUGGGGAGAUCGUCGUGGUGCCACUCCAUACAUCUAUAGGCGAGCUUCUUGUCGAGGCUGAGCAUGCAUUGAGUGAUACCUACUGCUUCUUUGAGGAGUUCCAGGCUGAGGCGCUUGAUGGCAUUUCUGGGGAGAAGUGGGACCCUGUGGUGCUUGGUGGCGCAGAGUCUGGAGACACGAUCGGUGUGCAUGGUCAUGGGGCAGAUAUGGAGACUCUGCUGCGGUGCCAGGGUGGACUUGACAUGUGGGAGGUGGGGUGUGUCUGUGGCGCGAAGGAUGACGAUGGCGAGCGCAUGGUAGCGUGCGACGCAUGUGAUGUCUGGCACCACACGCGUUGUGUUGGCAUCGCGGACGACCAGAGCGUUCCACCAUUGUUCCUGUGCAUUCUCUGUGGCGGCGCACUCAUGGCUGCCGUCCCGAUUCUGGACAGGGCACUAACGCUAGCCAAGUGACUGUUCUUUUUAUCGCCUUUAACUUCUUGGUUUCAUGAUGAUAGUCUAACGAGGUAAAGCAGUUCUGAAACCACUGCCUUUUGUGUAAAGUGCGUUGUUGUGGUAUGUUUAGUAACAUCAGAGGUUAUAUGUAGUAGUAGAUGAUAUGGGGAUUAGACAGUAGUUGGGGAAGUCCCAUCCUAUCCAUGUCGGUUGCAAGCCGUCUGGAAAUUUUGUGCCUGGUGCAUUACAGAAGAUGAUAUAGCUAGAUGUAAAUACAUAUUCUGUGAUUGUAUCUUGUGCUGUCUCUGAACCCCUCCGAGUGGUAAAGCUGUUGGCUUUCUUGUUA